UUUCCUCUUUGUGUACUCCUGGGUCCCUAAGGUCAGUUUCAAUGGCCGUGAUCUUGAACUUGACUCCCGGGUCCCGCUGCCUGUGGGAUGAGCCGGUGGAGAUCGCGGUGCACGGUCUGGCCCCGGCCCAGCCGGUCACCCUGCGCGCCUCCCUCUGCGAUGAGAAAGGGGUGCUCUUCCAGUCGUCUGCCCGCUACCAGGCGGACGCGGGCGGGCAGCUGGACCUGGCGCGGGCGCCCUCUCUGGGGGGCAGCUACAGCGGCGUGGAGCCUAUGGGGUUAUUCCGGACCCUGCAGUCCGAGAAACCCCUUGAAAGACUGGUGAAGCGGGAUGUGCAGACCCCUUUCCGCGUGGACCUGGAGGUGUACGAGGGGCACGACCCCAAGCCCACGAAGCUUCUGGCCCAAGUAGUCCACGAGCGAAGCUUCCUGGGGCCGGGGGUGAAGAGGAUUCCGGUGCGAGAGGGCAGCAUGCGGGCCACCCUCUUCCUGCCUCCGGGAGCAGGGCCUUUUCCGGGGAUCAUUGACCUAUAUGGAAGUGGAGGUGGUCUCUGUGAAUAUAGAGCCAGCUUGCUAGCUGGACAUGGCUUUGCUCUGCUUGCUCUAGCUUAUUUCAGAUUUGAAGAUCUCCCCCAAUGGUUGAAUGAUUUACAUCUGGAAUAUUUUGAAGAGGCCCUGAACUACAUGUUGCAGCAUCCAGAGGUGAAAGGUCCUGGCAUUGGGCUACUUGGAUUCUCCAAAGGGGGUGACUUGUGUCUUUCCAUGGCCUCCUUCCUGAAAGGUGUCACAGCCACAGUGCUUAUAAAUGCUUGUGUGGCCAACACAAUUACCCCAUUGCACUAUAGGGAAAUGACUCUUCUUGAUGUUAAAAAUGACCCAAAGAGAUACAAGGUCACAGAGUCAGGCCUUAUAGAUUACAUGGAUAUUUGGAGUAACCCAUUAGAGAAGCACAACAGCCAAAGCCUCAUCCCAAUAGAGAAGGCCCAGGGUCCUUUCUUGUUCAUUGUUGGUCAAGAUGAUCAUAACUGGAAGAGUGAAUCCUAUGCAUAUAUAGCCUCUGAAUGGUUACAGUCUCAUGGUAAGGAAAAACCUCAGAUCAUCUGUUAUCCAAAGACUGGCCAUUGCAUCGAACCCCCUUAUUUUCCUCCAUGUUUAAUGACGGUGCAUGCAGUGGUGGGCCAAGGGGUCUUUUGUGGAGGUGAGUCAAAGGCUCACUUCAUGGCACAGGUGGACAGUUGGGAGCAAAUUCAAAUAUUCUUCCAAAAAUAUCUCAAGAGUGAAGAUUCUACCUUCCAUAACAAAAUGUAGCUUGUUGGUCUAGGACCUAUUGUUCUGGGCUGGAUGUGAUUCAAGGCAAUCCCCUGGUAAUUUAUGUUUGAUACUGGAACAAAAAGACCUGAGUUCAAAUCUGGCCUCAGACACUUAUUAGCUGUGUGGCCCUGGACAAGUUCCUUAACCCUGUUUGCCUCAGUUUCUUCAUCUGUAAAAUGAGCUGUAGAAGGAAAUGGAAAACAACUCUAGUAUCUUUGCCAAGAAGACUCCAAAUGGGGUCAUGAAGAAUCAGACAUGACUGAAACAACUGAACAACAACAAAAAUUGGAACAAAAUGAGACACUUGUGAGUCAAUCAACAGUUAACGGAAGGAGCUUUAUUUAGGAAUAGCAGGAGAAGGAUAUUCAACAAGGAUGGUCACUGAGGACACCUUUAGUUGACUCAGCUAAAUGAAUCACCCUUAUCUGAAUUGCCCUUCUUUUCCACCAGCCACGCAUUGUGGAACUACUCAUGGCUGAUUUGUAUUCUGGCAACCAGGAAGUAAUGUUAAGAGCCUAAGCCUUUAGUCCCCUGAUCCAGUCAAGUCUGGAAUAUAGCUUCAAUACCAUUUAAGGAAAAACUAGCCUAACUUGCACAGGGGUAGGGGGUAGGAUAUUGUUCCCACCAUAGCCAUAAUUUCAUGACCAUGCUUUUUAUAUGACAAGAAAGCGUCAUUUGUCUUGCUCUUUAAGGAUGUCAAGGUACUACAGUAUUUAAUAACAAGAAAGUAAGCUCAUCUCCAAGGGGUUCCUCCCUGGACCCAAGAAUGUUUGACUGAAGUCUUUUCUUCAUCAACAUAUUGAGAGGGACAUAUGGAUAUGACCCUCCACUGAGAUGGAAAGUGCCCCCCCUUCGGCCUAGUGAUCUGAUCUCAAAGUCUUAAAGCCCUUUAGAGCCCCCUAUUUCUCUCUAUCUAUUUUUU